UAGUCAAUUCGCUACAUAGAAGUUAUCCUAUGGAAUGAUGAUUUACCAUGUUCACAAUCACUUAUAUAUACACAUUUUCGUUUGCUUUAUUGUGGGCGUAGAGAGUCAAAGUUAUCGUUUAGUAGACGGACGCGCGGAUGGGACUUCAGGCCGUGUAGAGGUAUUCUAUUCCGGAACAUGGGGUACUGUUUGUGAUGAUAAAUGGGACGUUCGAGACGCACUUGUUGUAUGUAAUUCAUUAAACAUACCACCAAUCAAUCCCGUCGCGCAUCCAUGUUCCAAAUACGGCAGCGCAUCUGGAGUCAUCCAAUUGAGUCGAUUGUUGUGUACAGGGUCAGAGGAUGCACUUGAUAUGUGCCCGCAUUACACAUGGGGAUCGUCAGCUGGAUGCGGCCACAACGAAGACGCUGGUGUUGAUUGUACCCCUACAGAAUCUGAUGCUGAUAUGAUUCGUUUGGUUGGUGGAAAUGCAUAUUCCGGGAAAGUUCAACUUCUUCACAAUGGAGUAUGGGGAACUGCUUGUAGUAGCACGCCUUGGGGUGCAGAAGAAGCCACGGUUGUAUGUAAUCAACUUGGACUGGGCUCGAAUGGUGCUGUCGCAUAUACAGCGGGGUCACAAGCUGGUGACCCAAUGAUAUGGUAUGACAAUAUCAAUUGUGAUGGCACAGAACAAAAUAUUAUGCAGUGUAGUAAAUGGGGUCCACGAUGUCCGCCUUAUACAGCCUCUUGUGGUCAUAGUAGUGACAUGGGCGUCACGUGUGAUCCAAUUCCAACAACCACACUUCCCACAACUGUUGAGACAUCUGUAGAAACAACCAUUGAUACAACCAUAGAAACAACCAUUGAUACAACCAUAGAAACAACCAUUGAUACAACCAUAGAAACAACCGUUGAUACAAAUAUAGAAACAAUAGUUGAGACGACCGUUGCCACAACUGCUGAUACAACUGUUGAAACAACUGUUGAUACAACAUUUGAAACAACUGUUGAUACAACAUUUGAAACAACUGUUGAUACAACAUUUGAAACAACUGUUGAUACAACAUUUGAAACAACUGUUGAUACAACAUUUGAAACAACUGUUGAUACAACAUUUGAAACAACUGUUGAUACAACAUUUGAAACAACUGCUAAUACAACUGUUGAUACAACAUUUGAAACAACACCAAGUGUAGGGAAAACUAUUGGCACAUCCAAAGAAACAACUAUUGAGACAACCAUUGUAACAACGUUUGAAACAAUAACGCCUCCGCCUCAAACUACAUUGUACACCUCUACAAACUCCCCUGUAACAAUCCCAAUUACAUCAAGCUUUUCCAAUGUUGCCUUUUAUGAUGUCGUAUAUUUCAAAAAAGAAAUUGAGAAAACCAAUGCCAUCAAAACAGAUACAAUUAUUAUUGUUGAAGAGCAGUUUACAGAUUCUGACAAGCGUGUCAGUGCAAAGGCAAUUGGCGCUUUCGCUAUGUUGUUGUUGCUCAUUGCUGCGUUGCUUAUAGUGGUAUCGGACGUAAAGAUAAUUUAUUCACACUUACGGAGAAUGCUAUACAAUGUAGGAGUGUACAAGAGAAAACAGCAAGAGGUUAAAAUGUAAAUGUACACAAGAGAGUAGAUAGAAUGUAAUGUAAAGGUAAAUAAAAAUAAAUUAUUUGUAGCAUUUGUAGAUUUCAAACAAUGUUUUGAUAAAAUAAGCAAAGUGGUAUUAUGGAAAAAUUGUUUAAAUGUGGUAUUAGUGGAAAGAUGUUAAACUGUAUCAAAAAUAUGUCAAAGCCAAAUCUUGUAUUUUCACAAAUGUUUUUUUCACUCUUUGUAAAUGACAUGGAGGAUUACCUUUUGAAUAGUCAUAAAUGUAGCUAUUUAAACUUAGGUCACGACAUUGAAUACUUUUGUAACGUUUUUAUACUCGUGUAUGCGGAUGACACAAUUAUUUAGUCAGACACAAGUGAUGGGCUACAGAGAGAACUAAAUGGUCUUACGUCAUAUUAUGAUUUCAACAACUUGUCUGUUGACACAAAAAAGACAAAAUAGUUAGUAUUUUCUCAAAAAGAAAACCCAGGCGUUUAUUUAGAUUUACAUACAACGGAGAAAAUGUUGAAAUUAAUGACACUUUAAGUAUUCAGGAGUUUUAUUUUCAGUUAUUUUGAUCCGUUGAAGAAACAAGCUGAAAAUGCCAUGUAUGGAG